UCGAGGCGGGUGCCGCCACCAGCUAACGGGAGAGCAGCCGCCGCCGAGCCCCGCGAGGCGCCGGCACCCCCCGGACAGGCCCAUGGCGUUCACGGUCUUUCUGGUGCUGCUGGUGCUGGGCACAGGUACGCGUGCCAUGACCACCGAGACAACCAUGGAGAUGGAAACUACCGAAACGACCACCGUGGAGAUGACCACGGAAACGACCGCCACCCCCACCUUGUUGCCAAAUAUAUUCCCCAAAAGCACAGGGGGCAGCCGGCCCCAAACCGGCUUCCCCUAUGCCACCGUGUUCCCUGGCACAAACACCACGAACUUCCAAUUUGGCAACGGCUCCGCAGCGUCCAACGGCUCUGUGGUGCCUGUCCGCAGCAGCCCGGCCGUCCCCCGUGUCAGUGCCACCUCAAACAGCAGCAGCUGGGGCCCCCACUCCAGCACCAACGGCAGCUCUGCCGCUCCCACCGUGGAUGGCAGCACCGGAGGCAACGGGAGCACCAGCGCUCAGGUCUCUCCCACCCAGAUAACGUCUGAGGGCAGCAGGGCUCCCACCCGGGGUGGCCCCAACCCCACGGCCCAGCCGCCCGCUGCCGUCCAGCUGCUGGUCCGUGUCCCGCUGUCCUUCCGCAUUAUCAACAGGAGCUUCAACGAGAGCCUGCGUGACCCAGCCUCAGAGCAGUACAGGAGCCUGAGCAGCACCGUCCUGACCAUGUUCGAACACGUCUUUGGCUGCGCGGGCUGCAUGGGCACGCAGACCUACACCGGGUGCAGCGAGCUGCGCUACAGCCAAGGCUCGGUGGAGGUCCAGUCCACCCUUGUGUUUGGGAACGGAAGCGACGCCGUCACUCCCGACGCUACUGAGCAGCGCCUGAGGAAGAGCCUGGACCAGAACGGCUUCAUCAUGGGCCUGCAGCUGGACAGCAUCCAGAGCUCCACAGCAGUGAUGUCCCCAGCUCCAACACCCGUGAUCCCGGACUGGGCCAUUGCUUUGUUGGUCCUGGUCAGCAUCCUGCUGCUGUUCAGCAUCUUCACCUGUCUCCUCCUAAUGUCCACCUGCACCUGCCGCCGGAAAAGCCGAGGGAAGCUGGACCUGCUCAGCCAGAAAGAUUCCUACCACCCCAUGGCUGAAUACCUGCAGUACCAGAGCCACGGGCGCUACGUGUCCCCCAACAGCAAACCCAACCCCUACAGCCAGGUGGCCGGCAGCAGCACCACGAGGUCUGGCACCUUCACCUACACCAACCCCGCCGCCGGCUCCGACAACCUCUGAAGGGCAGUCCUGGGGGUGUCACCGUGUCCCUGGUCCCUGCACGCCUCUGGAUGUGACAUGUCCUGCCAAACUGCCUCCCUCUCAGCCCUCCCGCGCUGCCAGUUUCUGUUCACGAUGGAACGCGUCUCGUCUGACACGUCCGGUUUCCCCACGGCUGCACAGGCGGAAUGUGACGGUGCCAGGCCCGUGCAGCUGCACGUGUGCCACUGCGCGCACGUGGCGUCUCCUGCUCCCCUCCCCUGCCUGAACGGGCUCGGGGGUCUUCCAAACGCUGAGUGAACCCCAAAAAGGCUCUGGGGGGUGCUGGAGGAAGAGGCUGUGUGGCAGCACCGGGGCACACCCCUUGGGGACACGUGUGCCAGGGCACAAACCUUGGGAACAGCCGUCCCUGGAGUGCUCAGUGGCCCCCUGGCAGCCCCACUUUGAGCUGGGCCUGUUCCUGGGCGCUGGGAGUGUUUUGGCAAGCACUGAAAAGGCAGAAA